ACCGAGAAUAUUUCUUACGUGGCUUUUGGCCACUUUCCUUCUUAAAUGAGCACCGGCCACAUUUCGUUUAUUCGUGAGCGUCAAUGUUGAAGAUUAAAGCUUACAUUGCUUCACUUUACCCUUUCGAUCGAACGACUGACAUCAAGAUGACCGGACGUUUUAUGUAGAAAAACGCAAACGCAGCCAUGCUCAGCAACUAUGAGGUGUUCCAGCUGCUGACUGACUUGAAGGAAGAGAAGAAGGGCAGCGGCAAGGGCAAACACGGCACCGGGCAGCAGAAUCUCAACACCAUCACGUAUGAGACGCUCAAGUACCUGUCCAAGACGCCGUGCGGCCGCCAGCGUCCCGAGAUGGUCGACGCCUUCCUCGUGGCCAUGAUGCGGCACAAACUCACAAAGGCCGAGAAGCUGCAGCUGCUCAACCACCGACCGCAGACCGCCGUGGAGAUGCAGCUGAUGGUGGAGGAGAGCGAGGAGCGGCUGUCCGAGGAGCAGAUCGAGGAGCUCAUCCGGACCAUCUCAGAAGUUCUUCCCGGGGAUCCGGAGCAGGAAGAGGCGACGGGCGGCGACGGGGGGGCGGCCUGAGCGCCGGCGCCUCAACUGGGCGGGAGCGCUUCAGAAAACGGACUUGAAAACAGACAUUUUCUUUCUCUCGCAAAGAGCUGCAGCAUCAAUGUCAAUAUCUUUUUUUUUUUCUUGAAGAAGCGGAUACAAUAAGAGGAAUUUCCAGCCCUUUA